GAAUGACAGCCGACGAACCAAUCACAUUCAUGUAGAAUUACCGUUGACUGACCCUCAACCAAUAAACGCGCAGCAUACCGCGGUUGGGGUGGGACUAGCUCACGGUGAAGGUUGUGUGUGAAUAGUGUAUGAGUAACAGGAACGGAGCGGGUAGUACGGUGAGCUGUCCCUACCCUCGCCAAAAUGACCAAGCUGGGCUUCCUCCGUUUGUCCUAUGAGAAGCAGGACACGCUGCUGAAGCUGCUCAUCCUGUCUAUGGCUGCUAUCCUCUCAUUCUCCACCAGACUCUUUUCCGUCUUGAGGUUUGAAAGUGUCAUCCAUGAGUUUGAUCCGUACUUUAACUACCGUACCACCCGCUUCCUGGCAGAAGAAGGAUUUUAUAAGUUUCACAACUGGUUUGAUGACAGAGCAUGGUAUCCUCUGGGGAGGAUCAUCGGGGGAACCAUUUAUCCAGGACUGAUGAUCACUUCUGCCGUCCUGUACCACGUCCUACAUUUUUUCCACAUCACCAUUGACAUCCGAAAUGUCUGUGUCUUCCUGGCUCCCCUGUUCUCUUCCUUCACCGCCAUAGUCACCUACCACUUCACCAAGGAGCUGAAGGAUGCAGGUGCCGGGCUCCUGGCUGCUGCCAUGAUCGCAGUGGUGCCUGGUUACAUCUCUCGUUCUGUUGCUGGCUCCUAUGAUAAUGAAGGGAUCGCCAUCUUCUGCAUGCUGUUGACUUAUUACAUGUGGAUCAAGGCUGUCAAAACAGGGUCAGUGUACUGGUCAUCCAUGUGCGCACUGGCCUACUUCUACAUGGUUUCUUCCUGGGGUGGCUACGUGUUCCUGAUCAACCUCAUCCCCCUCCACGUCCUGGUUCUGAUGCUCACAGGCCGAUUCUCCCACCGCAUCUAUGUGGCUUACUGCACGGUCUACUGCCUGGGCACUAUCCUCUCCAUGCAGAUCUCUUUUGUUGGUUUCCAGCCGGUGCAGUCAUCAGAGCACAUGGCAGCCUUCGGUAUGUUUGGCCUGUGCCAGAUUCAUGCCUUUGUGGACUACCUGCGCAGCAAACUCAACGCCCAGCAAUUUGAGGUGCUGUUCAAGAGUGUCAUCUCCCUGGUGGGCUUCAUCCUGCUGUCUGUGGGCACUGUUCUCAUGCUGACCGGUAAGAUCUCUCCAUGGACUGGUCGCUUCUACUCCCUGCUGGAUCCCUCCUAUGCCAAGAACAACAUUCCCAUCAUCGCCUCUGUCUCUGAGCACCAGCCCACAACCUGGUCCUCAUACUACUUUGACCUCCAGCUGCUGGUCUUCAUGUUCCCAGUUGGUCUCUACUACUGUUUCAACAACCUGUCAGACGCCAGGAUCUUCAUCAUCAUGUAUGGAGUUACCAGCAUGUACUUCUCAGCUGUCAUGGUGCGUCUGAUGUUGGUUCUGGCUCCAGUCAUGUGCAUCCUGUCAGGCAUCGGUGUGUCCCAGGUGCUUACCACUUACAUGAAGAACCUGGAUGUCAGCCGGCCAGACAAGAAGAGCAAGAAGCAGCAGGACUCCACCUACCCCAUCAAAAAUGAGGUUGCCAGUGGGAUGAUUCUGGUCAUGGCCUUCUUCCUCAUUACAUACACCUUCCACUCUACCUGGGUGACCAGCGAAGCCUACUCCUCUCCCUCAAUUGUCUUGUCAGCCCGUGGAGGUGACGGCAGCCGCAUCAUCUUCGAUGACUUCAGAGAGGCGUACUACUGGCUCCGCCACAACACUCCUGAGGAUGCCAAAGUCAUGUCGUGGUGGGAUUAUGGCUAUCAGAUAACUGCAAUGGCUAAUCGAACAAUUCUAGUGGACAACAACACGUGGAACAACACGCACAUCUCCAGAGUUGGACAGGCCAUGGCAUCCACAGAAGAGAGGGCCUAUGAGAUUAUGAGGGAGCUGGAUGUCAGUUAUGUCCUGGUCAUCUUCGGAGGACUGACGGGCUACUCUUCAGACGACAUCAACAAGUUUCUGUGGAUGGUCCGUAUUGGCGGAAGCACGGACACGGGCAAACACAUCAAGGAGCACGACUACUACACUCCCACCGGAGAGUUCAGAGUGGACCGCGAGGGCUCCCCUGUACUGCUCAACUGCCUCAUGUACAAGAUGUGCUACUACCGCUUCGGCCAGGUCUACACAGAGGCCAAGCGCCCACCUGGUUAUGACAGAGUGAGGAAUGCUGAGAUUGGGAACAAAGACUUUGAGCUGGAUGUGCUGGAGGAGGCCUACACAACAGAGCACUGGCUGGUUAGGAUAUACAAGGUCAAAGAUCUGGACAACCGGGGACUUUCGAGGACAUAAAAUCUUCAGAUGGCGGUGGAAACAGCCUUUUAGCACACAGCACUGAACGCCUUCCCCUGUGGUCUGCAGAUGAGUGGGAAAAGAGUACUUUUUAUACUUUUUGUUUGGUGGAAGAAAAUUGCAUCAAAGAGAUUUUUUUUUUGUGGAUGAUUUUCUUUUUUCUUUUUUUUAUUUUGUCAUAAUGAAAUGUCUCAUCUGGGAUCAGAGGGAGCUGGUGUGAAAACGUCCAGUCUGAUGUCAGGAGGCGCGAUUUGCCAUGAAGAGUUAAAAGAAAGCAGUGUUCAUUCAAGAGCGCUUUGGGUUUUUACUAUGUGGUCAAUUAAAGUGGGAUUAAACGUGA